CUCUGAAGGCCAUGCACAGGGCGCGCGAGGCCAGCAAGUGGCGGGGCAAUGCGGCCACCGACGCCAUGAAAAUCAAGGGCAACACUGGAGGCCUGCCACAGCAGGAACGUCAUGGCGGCGCCCCUGAUGCUCGCCCCCGACAGCGUCUCGGGUGCGCCGCGUGCUGCCACGGCGACGACCUCCCGACGGCAGGCGCCGCGCUCGCCCUGGACGAGAUCGACCCGGGCGUUGACCGCGCACUUCGAGGCGAAGACCUCCGCACCGAUCGGGCCGCUCGCGCACGGCGGCGAGGUGGCAGAACGGCAACACUGAGACGAAGAUCUCCGCACCGAUCGGGCCGCCGGCGCACGGCGGCGAGGCGGCAGAACGGCAACACUUGGGGGGGAGAACGCUGGACGCCCAAGGGUUUCGAGUGGGAGGCGAGUCCCAGGUGCGGGGAGGAUCUCCUGAGCCUGGCAGGGCUCGAUGAGGACUCGCAGGGCGCCGGCAUGCGCGACGGGGACGACGAUCUGGAGGGCGAGGCCGCGAUGGGCUUCGAGCAGGGCGCCAGCACGGCUCACCCAUCCAGUUCGCCACGUCGCAGAUAA